GGACGUUUUACAGCACUAUAUAAAUAAAAACAAAAUAUUGUGUGUUGCGUUUUUACCAAAAAUAAUUUCGUUUUUAUAAUUACUGAAACAAAUGGCCGAUGAAGUUAUUGUUGAUGCUUUGCCUUACAUAGAUCAUGGCUAUGAUGACGUGGGCGUCCGAGAAUCGGCGCUAGCCAUGGUAGAGGAGGAAUGCCGGCGCUAUCGGCCAACCAAGAACUAUCUAGACCAUCUGCCCCUGCCAGCAUCAUCACCAUUCGAGACGCCAUUGAUGAUUAAUGAAUUUGAGCGGAUACAAAAUCGUUUGCCCAUGGAAACGCUCUCCAUGAAGCGCUACGAACUGCCGCCUCCACCCUCUGGCAAGCUGUCUGAGGUUUCUGCCUGGCAAGAGUCGAUUGAGAACUCCAUGGCACAGCUGGAACAUCAGUGGGUGCGUUCGUUGAAUCUUGAGCUAAUGCUAGAUUAUGGCACCGAAGCCUGGAAAUCGUAUCUGGAAGUAUUCACAGCCAUGCAGGCCAAAGCCCAGCUACAGUUGCAGCAGCUGAAAAAGGACAUGCAGGACAUCAAUUGGCAACGUAAACAGGCGCAAACACAGGCCGGUGAAAAGCUGCGUGCUCUAGAGGCACACUGGGUGCUUCUCGUAUCAAAAAACUAUGAAAUUGAGACCGAGUGUGUUGAGCUAGAAAAAGUCAUAAAAGCGGCGCGCGAGCAACUCGCGCAGCUGGCGCCACCUAGCGUAGAAGCAGAGCAAACGAAUGGCCAUGCCACAAAGGAGGAGGAGAGCAAGGCCCACGAUAGCAAUGGUGAUAUGAAAGAGGAGGAGGAAGAGAAGGAGCCUCCUGCUGUGGAGGCUCCUAGUGUGGAAGCUCCUGCUGUGGAGGCUACUAAUCAAGAUGGGGGCGAGGGCUCAAAUGAUUCAUAGUCUCGCUGUAGUUUUUGUUUACUAUAAUUUGUACAAUUUGAAUUAAAUAUACAUACAUAUAUCUCUCUA